UUCGUGUUUGUCUCUGUUUCGUGUUCAUGUUGAAACUUGUUGUUUUCACGUCCGUUGUUCGUUUUUCGUGUGAUCGUGAUUAGAAAGAAAUCAACCAGACAAUUAUUUUCACGUUCGUUUUGAGAUCUUAGCAAUUCAAAUUUGUGUAGAUUGCUUGGUCAGUCGUUUUCAAUCCCUUGUGUUCUCAGGGCAACUUCCCAUAAGUUGAACACAACCUAAGCAACAAAUGUGAAGAAAUGUGUGGAAGCAUUUUUAAAAUAUUUCCUCUCUUUUGGCUUAAUGUGUGAAGCAUGUGAAUCAAAGCACAUUCUAAAAUCUUCAGCACAAAGGUCCCUCUAUUGAUCGUAUUUAACGCAGCCAUCACGUCGAUCGUCACUCGCAACCCAGGUCCACUUGUCGCUUAUGUUACUUCAUUACGUCAUUGGUACAAACUAACGCACCGAAAAAUCCCCACAUCAUGGUUUGUCAGAAGCUGCAUGUCUAAUGAAGGAACCUGAAAAUCGUGAAAAGAAUCUUCCCUGAUGAUGUGACCUACAAGUUCACUGAAUGCUUUCAGACCUCUUGAGAUAAGAGCCACUGAACCUAACUGACUUCAAUAAAUUGGUAGUAGCAACUUCAAUUCAUUAGUUGGGAAGUUCUCCCAAGUUGUCAGUGAUGGAGAGUUGUUUGCUGGUCAUCUGUAAAUUUAAACUCCAGAAACCAUGAAAAAAACGACUAUUGAAGAAGAUGAGGAGGGUAUCUCAUCACCUGUCCUAUCAACAACAAUCUUAUCACCCAUCUUAUCAACCACAAUCUUAUCACCUGUCCUAUCAACCACCAUCCUAUCGCCCGUUCUAUCGACGGACAAAAAUCUCUCAAAAGUCUCGGCUGUAACAAAAAAAUUUGACUUUAAACCCAGCAAGUCACCCCCAAAUCUGUCUGUAUUAGAUAGGAAAAAUGCAGAAAAAUCAAAAGAUGAAGUUAAUUUUUCAUCCAACUUAUCAAAUAUGAGUUUAUGUGCAAAAAGUAGUAAUAUAAAGAGACCAAAAUCUAGCUCAGUCGAAAAGUUGCCAACAAGUUCGGUCAGCAAGAGGAAAAUUCAAGAUGUUGAGACGCCACCUAAAAAUCAAUCGAAAACCAAUAAACUGUACCAAGCUUCUAGUGAAUUUAAAGAACCUUGUUUAAACAUAAAUAGGAACAAAUCGAAAACCAAGAAAAUUCGCCUCUUCGCUCAUGAGCCUUUUGACGAUUAUGAAAAUAUAUCAGAAAAUCCAUCAAUAUCCAUAGGCACGAAGCCUGUGGAAUUAGAAUCUGAUAAACCAAAAGUUUUUGAAGACAGUGAUUCUGCAGAAUUUGGUUCACCAGAGCUAACAUCAAGAAAAAUUAUUUGUUCCAAUUCAGUUUCACCAGAAAUAAAAACCAAGAAAGCCCUCCUUAAACACCAACAAAAAAUAAGGCACUCCGGAAGCUCCAAAAAUAGCUUUUGUGUUCCAAAUUUAUCAAAAAGUCGCAUCAACAAAGAGGAUAUAAUCACAGAAAAAUCACAGUCAAAUAAUGUAGAGCAAUUAAAUCCCUCUAGCUUUCAACGGACCAUCUUUUCCACCAAUACAGAUUUAACGAUGAAAAAUGUCCAAGCAAUUAGUAAUGUGAAACAUGAUGAAAUUCCCUCUGACCGUGAAGUGAAAUCCAUCCCGCUAAACAAUCCUGGAAAACUGGAAAGUGGCUCACCUGGAAGUAAAUCUAAAAAUGUUGCCUGUAAAAAAAAAUCUCUGUUGGAUUCACCGACCUCUCCUAUUUUGGAGAUUAAAUCCUCAGGCGCUAAGAAGAAAAAGAAAAGGUUCAAACCUUCUAUUGGAGAAGAUGCUAAUUCGUUUCUUAGUGUUGAGUCUCACCAUGAGAAAGAAAUCCUUACCAAUGAAGCAGAUGUAACUUAUUUCAAUGAAGAAUGUACCUCACCCCUUGUCUCAUCAAAUAGAGUUCAAAAACCAAAUAGGUCAGAAGUGAAGAUGCACUCAUCAGUUUUAUCACCAGCAAAACGUCAUGAAAAAAUAGCAAACGAUACCUCAACUCCACAUGGAUGUUCAUCUAAUCAGUUUUCACCUUUCAAUUAUGAGCACUCUGAUUAUUCGCCUGCUAUCAUGUCAUCGACCGGAGCCAAUAUUAAGAAUAUUUGUAAGAGAUUAAGUUUUCACUCAUCCACUUCGGAAAAGCGAAGAAGUAAAGGGGCAAAACCUUCUCUCAGAUUGGAUCUCAAAAAGAAAAAUAAUCUAGAUGAUCAGUUUAGUAGACUCAGUAAAUUUUGUAAAGUCAACACUAGUUUAAGCACGAAGAGUCCAUCAAAUUUAACAAUCCGGAAAUCAAAACUCAAGAGAUUUGAUGCAAAUAAAGAGGAUGAAUUAACGUCAACAUCAAAUUUGAGUAGUUCUGUAAACUUCUACAAUUUCGAUAAAUCACCAUCGCCAGUUUUAGAGUCUUCAAUGAAUUCAGUAUCAAGACUUAACAGCGUAAAAGACAACAGCGAAGCUCCUGAAAAGUUUGACUUUUCAUCGAAAGCUCAAGUUGAUGAAUCGCAUUUAUCGGAAAGUGAACGAAUUGAUGAUGAUCCACUUUCCCCCUGCUUCAAAACACCUAAAAAAGUGGUCAAUCGUGUUACCUCUUCAAAUAUGAGCUCAGAUCUCAGUGGAAAUAAAUUGAAUCCCUCUACUAAAUUUAAGUUUAGCUUUAAUGACAAUGCAAAAAGUGUAGACAAUAAAAGAAUAUGUAUCACCUCUUCACAUAUGAGCUCCAAUCUUAGUGGAACUAAAUUAAAGCCCCCUAUUAAAUUUAAGUUUAGCUUUAAUGACAAUGCGAAAAGUAAAGACGAUAAAAGAUUAUGCUGUAAUUCAAAUGAACCUGCGUCCCCCAUUUUAGAGUUUCGCAAAUUUAAAAUUUUGAAAUCAGAUCAUGUAACUGAAAGUAACUGUGAUAUCAAUGCAGACGGAAGCUCUCAAAUUUCUCAAGCUCAAGAUUUGAUUAACGUAACCGACGUCGACAUCGAAGAAAAUAUGACCGAUGAUCAAAAAAUAUUGAAUGAGACGAUUUUUGAAGAAAGACCUAGCAAGGAGAAUCUGCAAAUCAAUGCUGAUAUCGUUGAAGAUGAUGUGACCAGUUCGCAAGCAGAGAACAUUGUUGCUAGGACUCAAGGCUCAAUGACCAUUGAGGUAUCUGAAUCCUCCGGGACACAACAGUCUCAAAUUUCAGAUGGGAAUCUUCCUUGCGAUAAAGCCCAAAAUGAGGAAUCAGCAGGACAUCAGCCAAGCAAUACUCGAAUAAAUUUACCUCCACCCAAUGAUGAAGUUUUUGAGUCUGCAAAAAAGAAAAAACGGCGGUAUAAGAAUGGAACCCUUUCUGCAAGACUGAAUCGGUUAUUGAAACGAAGCAGGUCAGAAAUGAGAAUGUGGGCUCAUGAAAUGCAAAAUGAGGCUUCUGAUCCUGUGGCCAUUAACUUUAUUGUUGAUGUUGUUUCAUAUGAAAUGAAUAAAUGGCUUCUGAAAUGUAGAGUAAUUUCUGACUCUGGAGAAGGUAGUAGCAGCAAUCCAUAUUUUGUAAUUUUACAUCCUAGUCCAAUAAAUAAUGCAUUGGUGACUCCGGGCACAGUCUUGAAAGUUUUUCCUAAAUGGCAAACUUUAGACCUCCUUUCACCGAAAAUGACAGUCGUUUACAAUAUCUCUCGAGUGAAGCUUAUUCCAAAUCCAUCACCAUCGAGUUUGUAUAGACCAGAAUGUAAAUCAAAACAAAUCAUUCAAGUAGUAGAUCCUCUUUGCAGCUGCUCUCGAGAUUUAGUUCUCACAAAUUGUGUUCAUAAAAUUUUAAGUAGACAAACAUUCCUUGGUCCAUUGAUUCCUGUGACCAACAGUGAGUGAACUUCCACUCCUUUGAACCAUCUAACAAUCGUUUAUACUCAUCAUCUCACUCAGGUCAUCAUCAUUCUUUCGAUUUCAAUUUUGGUGCAAUACUAGCGCGUAAGGACACUUUUUGAUUUUUGUUUUUAACCAAUCAAUUUUUUGUCAAGAUUCUUCGCUAUUAUUUUAUAAUCUUUUUUUCAUUUUAUAUCUUAAUGUCCAUACCUUAAGGAGGCUCCAAAAUAAAGAGUGGAGUCUGGUCAUUAAAGUACUCUGCCAUAGGUUCCUUCCUAGAACGCUCAAAACCAGAAGCAGAAGUUUGAGAAAAAUGUACGCUAGACGUUUACAAGCUUGAACCGAUUGAAUUCUUCUCUUAGUUCCACUAACUUCAACUAAUUUCUUCAUCCUGACAACUGUCUCUGUUUUUCCUUGAUUUUUUGUUGCUUUUACUUAAAUGAAAGAGGAACCAAGGAGAGUUAUUAAAGUAGUUUCUCUUUUUUCAUGAUGUUGCCACGGUCCAGUCAAUCUCCUCUAUUUUGUGCCUUAUUUAAAAUUAGUAUGAAGUUUAAUUUGACAUGAGACUUGUUAUCUACAAAUGAUGUUUCAAAAACCCUCCUUUUGACCGAUCGCAAGUCUGCAACUAUGAUGUGAUAUUGUUCCAUCAAUUCUCCGUUUAUUUCUCUCUUUAUUUGUUCUAAUUGCUAUUUUUGAUGUCAUUUUUUCAAAUCCUUCCUGAUAUCUAUGCCUUACUUGCUUUCAUUUCAAUAACUUUUUAAUGACAUUCAGUUCUAUCAAACCAUCUAGGUUAAGAGUCAAAGUAAAUGAAUGCAACAAGCAUUCAAUUUUUUUUUUUUUGCUUUUUGUAUAAAAUAAGGAGUUUGCCCCCUUUGUUUUCAUGAACAAACAUAAUUUAUGAAUGAUGACAAAAAUUUGAAAAACAAGGUAUCAAGGAAAGAACUUGCAACUAAAUAGUCAUCGAUUUCGUUCUGGCAAAAAAA